AUGAUCAAGGCUCUCCCCGCUGUCCGUUCCGACACAAAAGAUCAUGGUAGCGGUAUUUCACGAUGCUGGCGAGGACUUGAAGAAGCAGUUCCUGGUCGACGCAUCGGCAAAGACCGCACUGGUAUGCUUGGUGCCGAAUCAAGUCCAGUCGAAGGCCCGACUUCUGGUCAGUUUGGAAUAAUUGUGUACAAGAAGACAACCAUGGGCCCCUACACAUACCCGAACCUGAUGCAGUUUCCUUCUGCAAGUUCUUGCUCAAUAUCCACAUCCUCAGAUACCAGGUUCACAAGUGAGGAGGUUGACGUGUCAUCACUGGAUCUAACGUCUGCCCAGUCGCUUGUGCCCUACGUAACCAAGGAGAACCUCGGUGACCUUUGCGGCGGUAGAAGAUUUGUGUGA